CGGGGCCGCCCGCAGCGCUGGUGAAGGACCAUGAAGGUGAAGGUGAUUUCUGUCCUGGAGGACAACUACAUGUACCUGGUCAUCGAGGAGAGCACCCGGGAUGCCAUCGCGGUGGACGCUGCUGUCCCCAAAAGGUUGCUGGAAAUCAUCAGGAAGGAGGACGUGGUGCUCAGAGCCAUCCUCACCACGCACCACCACUGGGACCACGCCAGGGGCAACGAGGAGCUGGCGAGGCUGUGCCCCGGACUGCGGGUGUACGGCGCCGACGAGCGGAUCGGGGCCCUCACGCACAGGGUGGCCCACGGCCAGGAGCUGACGUUUGGGGCCAUCCGGGUGAGGUGCCUCUUCACACCCUGCCACACCUCGGGCCACAUGUGCUACUUCAUGUGGGAGGAUGGCUCCCCAGAUGCUCCAGCUCUCUUCUCAGGUGACACUUUGUUCGUGGGAGGCUGUGGGAAGUUCUUUGAGGGGACAGCUGAGCAGAUGUACACCAACCUCACCCAAGUCCUGGGGACUCUGCCAAAGGAGACGAAGGUGUUCUGUGGCCACGAAUGCACCGUCCGAAACCUCAAGUUUGCCUUGAAAGUGGAACCUGAGAACGAAAUGGUGAAGAGGAAGCUGGCUUGGGCAAAACAGCGGGAUGACGAGGACCUGCCCACGGUGCCCUCCACGCUGCAAGAGGAGUUCCUCUACAACCCCUUCCUGCGCGUCACGGAGGAGGCCGUGCAGAAGUUCGCGGGCAAGGCGGAGCCGGUGGAGGUGCUGAGGAGCCUCCGCAGCCAGAAGGAUAACUUCAGGAAGCCCAAGGAGCGUCCCAACCCCCAGGCUGUGCUCGCCUUCGACUGGGGACUUUUCAGCCCCUUCCUGGAGAAGAAGUGAGCCCACUCCUGGAGAAGUGGCUCCCAAAAGGCAACGUUGCCCAUGGUGGUGGGGGCUUCCUCUUGGCUGUGCUCUGACUGACCUCCUGGAAGGUGGUUUCUGUCUUUUAACCUGCUCCUUCUGAGGCUGCUCUGCUUCAUUCCCUCCAGCAGCAUGCCUGGCUCUCCUGGACCACAGGAGCUUUGCUGAGCGCCCAGUCCCUAGGGAAAGGAGCUUGUGGGUGCUGUCAGCCAGCUGUGGAGGCCCCCCUGAGUCGUUGGGCUGUGGUUGCUGUUGGUGUGGAGGUGGUUUUGGAGAGAGGACACCCAUGCUCAUGAUGUUGAUGUUGGUGGGUGCAGGACCUGCUGCCCAUCCUGCAGGCCUUCGCCCUUAGGAGACAGAGGAGGGUAUGGAACAGGUGGUAACACUCAAUGACCAUGGUGCUCUACCCCUUAGCCCAAGCAGUGCCCACUGGGCUCUACUGGGAAAUCCUCCUGGUCCUGCCUGCACCUCUCCAGCUGUCCCUGAGCCCUUUGCAGGCCAAGGGUGGGCAGGGAGCUGCCCAGCUCCAUGGGCAGAGGCUUGAGUGCCAAGAGGAAGCAGGGAUGGGGCCUGGCAUCGGCACUGGUGUUCAGCAGCACCUACCUGACUCCAGCCCUGCCCUGACAGCACCCCCACUGCAGCGGGGUCUGGGUGCCUUUCCCCACCCCCAGUUUUUAGAGCAGGCUUUGUAGGCAUCUGUGGCACCAUCACUGGCUUACAGGAGCCAUCUGAACCACUCAAAUCACGCCAAGCACGCUCAGGUGGAGCUGAGGGCUGGAGCAAGGUGUGUGUGCUCCACCCCUCCAGCUCUGGGAAAUACUUCUCCAGGUGGGACAGCAGCAGGGAGCUGCUGCACUGCUUUUUGCUGUGGUUUGUUUUUUCCCUCAAGGCAAAAAUGGAGAUGAAACUUCUGUUGCUGUUGCCUUUCGAACAAGAGCAAGGGAGCAGCUUGGGUCCCUUGAGCUUUUUCAGCCUUCACUGUGUGCACCAUCAGGGUUGUGUUUUGGCUUGGUUUAUUGAAGUCUGGGGAAUAUACAAAGGCUUUCUUUGCAGGGGGUGUGGAGCCAGCUAAAGAACUGUUUUUUUUUGGGGGGGGGAAGAGUGGGAGGAAAACUACACCAGUUUGGUGGUAGCUGUGUCAGGGCUUGGGCAUCCUGUGAGACAGUGACAAGUCCCUGGGUUCCUUCCCUCCAUGUGCAGAGUGUCUCAGUGAUGCUGAGCUCUCAGAGGUGACAAUCAGAGCUGGUCCCAUCCCCUACCUUGUGGUGGUGUUUUAAGGUAUUGAGUAGAUGUUAAAGUUCCUACCACUGGACUAGAGUUGA